ACACGGUAAGGACUUAACCGAUAUAGCGGAACAGCGUAAAUUACAAACGGGACGGCCUUUGCGUACGUGUACUUUUGCGAGUCCGUUUCCUAGUAUCGCCGCGAAUAUUCCUUGCUGCAAGUGUGACAUUUGUCCACAAAAUUUACAACCACACACCGGGUAGGUGGUAAUCCUAUCGACGACCACGUAAACCCGUACACGGAACCGCGACGACGAUAUUUCCUGUUGAUAGUUCGUUUUUGUGAAUUAAAUGCGCCGAAAACGUAAUUUUGUUUCUGCUAUAUUAUUAUAGUUAUUAUUAUUAUCAUACGGACAAAAUAAUUCGGUGACCUAUAGUCGAGCAUAAAUUCAAUGGCCGAGAUCAAAUACAAAUUCGAAGGCGUGAUGAUCGUCUCCGGCACUUUCAUGCUGCUGACCAUGUACGAACUGCCGGUGGCCAGUUACUUCGAAGUGUUUCCAACAAACUGCCGUUCAACUGUUGGUGCCUUUGGUCUUUCAAACACUUAUACCUACAUACAACGAUGGCGACGAGGAUGAUGGGUCAGCGUUGUUUUGGAUUUUAGACUUCAUCGAAUACUCGAUGUAUUUCACAACUAUAUACCUCGUCAAGAGAGUAAUAACUUUGUUGGACUUGUUUUGACAACGUAAUAAACGUAUUACGAUAAAUGACUAUACCUACCUGCACAGUGCACUUAAGAAAGUUUUGCCGUGCGAGAAAUUGUUGGACAUAAUAAUAUAAGGUGGCACAUAAAUCACAAUAAAAUUUCGUUUUUAUUUAUUGUUUAAUUUCGAGAGACCUCAUCCUUGUUGUAACGGCACAUUCGCGUUAUUACCAGUUAUAACCAGAGUGUUGGACACAAUAUUUCAUGGUGUAAUAUCGUGCCGCCGCAUUCGUUUAAACUUACCCUUACAAAAAUCACAUGUCACAAAGUUAAUU